AUGAUCCAAAGGUUCAGUUACCUCUCUCUCUCUCUCUCUCUCUCUCUCUCUCUAUCCAUACUGCUCACAAAGAUACAAACAAAGGAAUGGAGAAGAAGAAGAAGCUCACCAUCUCCCCACAUUGUUUCCAAACCCCUAACCCUAACCCUAAUUCUUAUCCUCCACUUCCCACAUUUCUCAUCUUCUUCCUCUCUGGACUCUGACCUUGUCGCCCUCCUGGCCUUCAAAACCCUAGCAGACUCUUCCAACAACCUUCUCAGCUGGAACACCUCCUCCUCGCCCACCCCGUGCUUCGCCUGGCGCGGAGUCUCCUGCGUCCAGGGCCGCGUCUCGCGCCUUGUCCUCGAGGACCUCACCCUUUCCGGUGAGUCCCUGGCUUCCCUCGCCAACCUCUCCGAGCUCCGUGUCCUCAGCUUGAAGGACAACCUCCUCUCUGGCUUCAUCCCUGACUUUUCCUCUCUCAUCGCUCUCAAGCUCCUCUUCCUUUCCAACAACUCGCUCUCCGGCCCCAUCCCUCCUUCUCUCGGCUCUCUCUCUCGCCUCUACCGCCUUGAUCUUUCUUCCAAUGAUCUCGCCGGCUCCAUUCCCCUGGCUUUGAACCGGUUACCUCGGCUGCUGACUCUCCGGCUCGACUCUAACCGUCUCACCGGCCCAAUCUCCGGUCUUGUACUUCCGAGUUUGCAGGAUCUCAACCUUUCUUCUAAUGCACUCACUGGAGCGGUCCCGCAGUCGCUGGCGUCCUUCUCCGCCGCUGUCUUUGCUGGGAACCCGGGACUCUGUGGCCCCCCGCUGGCUUCGUCGUGCCGUACCGCUGUCUCCGCCGCUGCUCCUGUUCCCCCCGCCGCCGCUAUCAUUUCAUCAUCUCCCGGCUCGAAGCCUGAAGGGAUUCCAUCACCCAUGGAUGAGCAUCAUCGCCGAGCAGGGAUAAGCAGAGCGGCGGUCAUUGCCAUCGUCGCCGGUGACUUCGCCGCUCUUCUCGUAGUCUCAGGCCUUCUCUUCCUCUACUUCUGGCGCAAGUUCACUUCCAAAACUCGUUCUCAUCUCCAAGAGGGCGAGAAAAUCGUGUACUCUUCGAGCCCAUACUGCAGCGCCGGCGGCGCCACUGCCGGAGGGUUUGAGCGGGGCCGGAUGGUGUUCUUCGAAGAAGGAAAAAGAUUCGAGCUGGAAGACCUCCUCCGUGCGUCAGCAGAGAUGCUCGGCAAGGGCGGGUACGGCACAGCCUACAAAGCCGUCCUCGACGAUGGCAGCGUCGUCGCCGUGAAACGCCUCCGCGACGCCCCAUCCACCAUUGGCAAACGCGAGUUCGAGCAGCAGAUGGAGAUCCUCGGCCGUCUACGCCACCCGAAUCUCGUUUUCCUCAAGGCUUACUACUACGCUCGCGACGAGAAACUCCUCGUCUACGACUACAUGCCCGGCGGCAACCUCUUCUCUCUUCUCCACGGCAAUCGAGGGCCGGGACGGAUGCCGGUGGAGUGGGGAGUGCGAAUGCGAGUGGCGCUGGGGGCUGCGCGUGGCCUGGCUCACAUUCACGGCGCGAGCCGGUCGCCGAGGCUGGCGCACGGUAACGUAAAGUCCACCAACAUCCUGAUCGACAAGACUGGUGCGGCACGGCUCGCUGACUUCGGCCUCGCAUUGCUCGGCCCGGCAGCAACGGCACGGUCCGGGGGCUACCGUCCUCCGGAGGUACCAGCUGACGGACGGCGGCCAUGGUCGUCGCAACGGGGAGACGUCUACUCCUUCGGGGUAGUGCUGCUGGAACUCCUCACAGGGCGAACGGCAUCGGACGCCGGGGAUCUCCCUCGGUGGGUGCAGUCGGUGGUGCGGGAGGAGUGGACGGCGGAGGUGUUCGACUUGGAGCUCAUGAGGUGCAGGGGAAUCGAAGAAGAGAUGGUUGCGAUGCUCCAGGUGGCACUCGGAUGCACCGCGACGUCGCCGGAUCAACGGCCCAAAAUCAGCCAGGUAGUGAGGAUGAUCGAAGAGAUCCGUUGCGGCGGUGAUCCGAAUGCGUCGGUCUCGCCAACGAUUGAGUCCGACUCGGUCUCUGAUUCGGUGUCCGAGGACGCUCCCGCUCUGUGACUCGCGUGACUCGUUUAAUUCCUAUUUUAUUUUUCGUUUAGGUUGUCAGAUACCGAAAGCGUGAGCCUAAUUAAUUUCCAACGGGCAUGUGUGUGUUCAUGUCUGGGUCCAAUCGUAGCAGUCUUGUCAGUCGAUGAACUUAAAUGGUCUAGUUAUUAAUUGGCCACGAGAGAGUUAAUUUAUCUAUCAAUGUUAUCUGUUUUUGUUUUUUACACAAAACGUAAAAAUAACUGGAUAUAAGAGAAAGAGAAAGAAAGAGCAUUACAAGGGCA